CACCGAAUACCAUUCAUAUCUGCGCUCAACUAGUUUACACACAUAACUUUAUCAACUAGUGGGAUAACACUAAUUUUUGUCAUAUUCCUCGGAUUUUUAAAAGUUGUCGAAGAAGUGUACUUUUCGCUUUUUUUAACAAAAUGAGUGGAGAAGACGAUGAAAAUCGUUUUAUAAAAUGUGUUGUGGUAGGUGACGGGGCUGUUGGAAAAACUUGCAUGUUGAUGAGUUAUGCAACUAAUAGAUUUCCGACGGAGUAUGUACCGACAGUAUUUGAUAAUUAUGCAGUAACUGUCACUAUACGGGAAACAUCUUACCAACUGGGGCUAUUUGAUACUGCUGGACAGGAAGAAUACGAGGGUUUACGUCUCCUAUCAUACCCAGGCACACAUGUGUUCCUUUUAUGUUACUCUGUUGUUAUGCCCGACACUAUGAAAAAUUUGGAAAUGAAAUGGCUACCGGAAGUGCGGAAUAAUUCGCCUACUUCCGCUUUUCUCAUAGUGGGAACUCAGACAGAUCUUCGAGAUGAUGAAAAAGUGCGGCAAAAACUUCAAAAACGUAGAUUAAAACCAGUAACUCCCGAGGAAGGUGCUAAAUUAGCUAAGAAAGUUAAUGCAGACUGUUAUGUAGAAUGUAGUUCUUUAACUCAGCAGGGUCUCAAGGACGUUUUUGAUGAGGCAAUGUUGGCCGUUUUGUCGCCAAAAAUUAAGAGACGAGCUCCUAGACGAGGGAGACGAAAAUGUGUAAUUUUAUGAGCGAAAUUCAACUUUGUAUAUUUAUGAUCUCUGCUACAGUGAUAGUUAAAUAAGAAACUAUAUAAUGUUACAAUCAGCGUUACAGAAUCAUAAAGUUGAAGCUUGUAUGUGCAAUUCACAGUGUUCGAAAAGGAAAAACAUAUAAUAGAAUUUUAACAUAUGAUGAUUUGGUUAUAUGUAUAUAUCACGGAAAAUCAGUUUUCAUAUUUAACAUGUGUAUAGCCUUACCAAAAUAUAAUUUAUGUGACUGUAAGUCAAGUAAAUAUCAAGCUAAAAUCAGUUCCGUUUGAAACAAUAGUACACUAAUGUUUAUAUUUUAAUAGAUACAGAAUGAUACUGAACACCCGAUGGAAAACCCAGUCAAUGGUAACUGUCAAACUUCGUUAUGGGUCAUUGGCGAGGUGUUCCAAUGUGACUGACCGCAGACGUGAUAAUUACCACCCGCCGGCCACCAACAACAAUCUUUAAUGGUUUUGUGUUACAUCAUUGUUAACAGUCUAAAGGGAUAUCAUUAGCAACACAGCCUUUUACUUACACAAAAAUAUUGCAUGUUUUUACAGUAAAUCUGAAAUGUCGGACAGCUGUACAAGACCCCUGCAGCGAUUUUUAUUGCUUACAUAUAUGUAUACAUUCCUUUGUUAUAUUUUGCCAAUGUAAACAUUUAUAUAUAUUUUAUAUCAAUUUAGAAAACAGAUAUUUUUCUAAAUUGUUCAAUUGAGGUCAUUAUAAAAGCAUAUUUUGUAAAUACAGAUUUAUAUUAUUUACUGUAUAUAGCAACGACUAUAAGCGAUUUUGUCUAAAAGAGGUGCCUGAUAGUUUAUAACAAAUUAAUCUACAUUUGAAUUAGACACUUGAAAUUACUUCUUUUGAUGGAAAAAUUUAACUUAAAUUCAAUAGUUAUUUAAUGUAUAAUUGAGCUAUAUCUUAAUUUGAUAUGUAAAUAUUUAUAUUGAUUUAUAUAUAUUGAUUCAUUGAAAUGUUUAAAAGUUUAGAUUUAACCAAUUUUACAGAGCAAAACUUGUUAAAAUAGGGAGACAUGUAUAAACAAAACUGGAAUUUAAACGUAGAUACAAUACAUGAUGAAUGAAUUCUUCCCUAAUUCCCCCACUAGACGGCGGAACAUAUGGAUUUACCCUUUAUCCUUCACACUAUCACGCUGUCCGUCGGUAAAUUGACAAAAUAGUAAAAUAUGGGGGCAUCUGUAUCAUAUGGAUAAGUUUUUAGUUAUUAUCCUUUUUUUCGAACGUUCAGUUAACAUCUCUAACAUCUCUAAUUACUUUUAUUCAAUAUAAAUUAUUUUACCAUAAUUAUAUACAUUGUAAAUGAAAUAUAAAAGACGAUUUAGCGAAGUUUACAUGUGUUAACUGUAUACACAUUUUGUCAUAUACAAUUUAAGAGGACAGUUUGGUAGUACAUGUAUGACCUGUUGCUAAAAGCUACAUGUAUAUUAUAACUUGAUGUAUAAAUAAGGGGAACUGUCAUGGUUUCCUGGUAGGCCUACAUUCAGGAAGUUUAUUUCCUAUGAAAAUAAAUGAUAAAAUAAUGAAA